AUGCCGAGGGCUUUCGGCUUGAGGUGUUCCGGAGUUGAGCUUUGGUUGGCAUGCCUUUGGUGUGGUACUUCUGCAUAUCUUUCAUAUAUCUUAAUUAAUAACCUUAUGGCGAGAUGGCUCAUUUACUACACGCCCAAAGCCACCAUAGUUCGACUCUUCUCAAUCGGCGCAAUAAACGCUUAUUUGACUUCUUGGACACUCCAGCUUGUGGGUGGAAAUAACAAGCCACAAACGUUUCUUCCAGCGUGGAUAUUCAUAGCCUUUGUGCUCACCAUCAGCUAUCAUAUGACAUUACGCAAGAUCAACGUUUCGAGGGGAGAGUUCUCGCCAGCGAUAUCAGUGCUUUGCUUCGUGAGCUUCUGCAGCAUGUGUACUUUGUUAUAUGAAAUCCACCUUUGCCCUCCUGUUUGUAAGAGGCAGCUGGUUUAA